CCCAACUGGGGCCGCGGGAGGGGCUGGGGGCAGCCAGGCAGCCCCAGGACCCACCUACCCGACCAGCAGGGGAUCUUCACGGCCCAGUUCCCCGUUGGUGGAGCUGAGACGGUUGGAGUUGGAAAUGGAGCUGAAACUGAAGCGCUGGAGGACCGUGCGAAGGAACGGGAGGACCGUGCGAAGGAACGGGAGGACCAGGAGAAGGAACGGGAGGACCGUGCGAAGGAACGGGAGGACCAGGAGAAGGAACGGGAGGACCGUGCGAAGGAACGGGAGGACCAGGAGAAGGAACGGCAGGACCGUGCGAAGGAACGGCAGGACCGUGCGAAGGAACGGCAGGACCAGGAGAAGGAACGGGAGGACCAUGCGAAGGAACGGGAGGACCGUGCGAAGGAACGGCAGGACCGUGGGAAGGAACGGGAGGACCGUGCGAAGGAACGGGAGGACCGUGCGAAGGAACGGCAGGACCAGGAGAGGCAGAGGCAGCAUGAACUGGUGAUGGCGGAGCUGAGAAGCAGAGAGACCCCUACCGUGGUGCAGCGCCCCGCUCCACCUGGUUACCUCCUUUAAUGCCAAUCCGCGUACAGGUUUUGAUG